CCUGCUUAAAGGAAACCUCUCCCAGAACUUUGCAGAUUCUCCCUCAGACAUGCUUCUCUACUUAAACAACGAAAAUGUCAAGAGUGCCAACUGCACGUCAUACUUUUCCGCAGUGGGUGCUGCAGACUUCUCUGUGACCUCCUGAGUUUGAACAAGGACUCGUUCCUUCUCAGUGAAGCCAGGACGUUUGGGUAUAAGUGGUGUGGAUCUGAGCAGAAGCAACGUGGAGGUGCUGGGAAACAUGGCCUGCACUCUGGACGGUUCUUACAUCCAGAACGCUGAUCCUCUUAUUAUGGAAAAGCUCCAAGCCUGCAAAGACUUCUCUGAUAGCCAGGUGGAUGGCAUGGAGACACUGCUGCUGUCUGGGAAAACAAAAUAUGGGAAUGUCAGUACCUGGAACAGGCAAACACUGAAAGAUCUCGGUGUCCUACCUCUCUAUUUAACAAGAAACAUCUGGGGCGUCUUCAAAACUUCAACAAAGAGACGGUACCUUAAGACCUUUAUGUUCACCCUGAGGAAAACGAAGACAAGGAAGAGUAAGUUCAAGAAGUUGUUUCAGCAGAUCAGCACUCACAAGAUAAAACGAGGAGCAGGCUGCACUGUGGGAAACAUCACCCAUGUGACGGUCAGUGACAACUCCUUCCCCUUUGGCUACGAGCAGACGCAAUUUGACCUCUGCCUGGAUAUCUCGGUUCUGAAAGACAACCUCAACUCUAUCUGCGAGAAAGUGCACGAUGAUGACUUUCAGAAAGUCAUUCUGAAGAAACUCAACCAGGCAUUCCCAGCAGGUGUUUCUGAUGAGGAAGUUCAGGUGCUCGUUUCAGUGUCUCGUAUGGCGUCACUUGAUGACAUCUCCAAGUGGAAAAUCACCUAA